UUUGCUUCCUUGCUGUGAUAACUUCAACAGCCGAUAUAAUAACCAAGGAAGAAUCAGUCAAAAUAACAACCAACGAAGAAGCAGUCAUAAAAGCAAUCAUGGAAGAAGCAGCCACAAUAACAAGUACCGAAAAAACAGACACAAUAAAAAACACCGAAGAUGCAGCCACAAUGGAAACUACUGAAGAAGCAGCCACAUUAACAACUACUGAGGAAGUAGCCAAAAUAACAACAACCGAAGAAGCAGCUACGAUAACAAAUACCAAAGAAGCAGCCACAAUAACAACCACCAAAGAAGCAGCCACAUUAACAACCACCAAAGAAGCAGCCACAAUACCAAGUACCAAAGAAGCAGCCACAAUAACAACCACCAAAGAAGCAGCCACAUUAACAACCACCAAAGAAGCAGCCAAAAUACCAAGUACCAAAGAAGCAGCUACGAUAACAAAUACCAAAGAAGCAGCCACAUUAACAACCACCAAAGAAGCAGCCACAAUACCAAGUACCAAAGAAGCAACCACAAUAACAACCACCAAAGAAGCAGCCACAUUAACAACCACCAAAGAAGCAGCCACAAUACCAAGUACCAAAGAAGCAGCUACGAUAACAAAUACCAAAGAAGCAGCCACAUUAACAACCACCAAAGAAGCAGCCACAAUAGCAAGAACCAAAGAAGCAGCUACGAUAACAAAUACCAAAGAAGCAGCCACAUUAACAACCACCAAAGAAGCAGCCACAAUACCAAGUACCAAAGAAGCAGCCACAUUAACAACCACCAAAGAAGCAGCCACAAUACCAAGUACCAAAGAAGCAGCUACGAUAACAAAUACCAAAGAAGCAGCCACAUUAACAACCACCAAAGAAGCAGCCACAAUACCAAGUACCAAAGAAGCAGCCACAUUAACAACCACCAAAGAAGCAGCCACAAUACCAAGUACCAAAGAAGCAGUUACGAUAACAAAUACCAAAGAAGCAGCCACAUUAACAACUACCAAAGAAGCAGCUACUAUAUCAACUACCAAAGAAGCAGCCAAAAUAACAAGCACGAAGGAAGGAGCCACUAUAACAACCACCAAAGAAGCAGCCACAAUACCAAGUACCAAAGAAGCAGCCACUAUAACAACCACCAAAGAAGCAGCCACAAUACCAAGUACCAAAGAAGCAGCUACGAUAACAAAUACCAAAGAAGCAGCCACAUUAACAACCACCAAAGAAGCAGCCACAAUACCAAGUACCAAAGAAGCAGCUACGAUAACAAAUACCAAAGAAGCAGCCACAUUAACAACCACCAAAGAAGCAGCCACAAUACCAAGUACCAAAGAAGCAGCCACAUUAACAACCACCAAAGAAGCAGCCACAAUACCAAGUACCAAAGAAGCAGCCACAAUAACAACCACCAAAGAAGCAGCCACAAUACCAAGUACCAAAGAAGCAGCCACAAUAACAACCACCAAAGAAGCAGCCACAAUACCAAGUACCAAAGAAGCAGCCACAUUAACAACCACCAAAGAAGCAGCCACAAUACCAAGUACCAAAGAAGCAGCCACUAUAACAACCACUAAAGAAACAGCCACAAUACCAAGUACCAAAGAAGCAGCCACAAUAACAACCACCAAAGAAGCAGCCACAAUACCAAGUACCAAAGAAGCAGCUACGAUAACAAAUACGAAAGAAGCAGCCACAUUAACAACCACCAAAGAAGCAGCCACAAUACCAAGUACCAAAGAAGCAGCCACUAUAACAAAUACCGAAGAAGCAGCCACAAUACCAAGUACCGAAGAAGCAGCUACGCUAACAACCACGGAAGAAACAGCUGCAACUACAACA